GUCGUUGUCGUCGGCUAUCGGUCGUGUGGUCUCUCGUCAGCUCGUCACCCGUCGUGAGUUCCCAAGGAUUACCAAUCGCGUUUAGAGUCUACCAGUCACGAGACGAGAGCCAUCCCCGUGCAUAGCGCAUCAUGACGGAGGGUCUUCGCGCUCUUGAGCGCGAUCCUCAACAGGAGAAUGCGGUCCAGGAGGCGGCGCAGGAAAUCGUCAACAACGGAAAUGGAACUGAAGGCAAUGAGGAACCGCAACAGCCACCCCCAGCCCAGAACACAGUUGGCUCAAUUUUCAAGGGGCUCGUGAUGAGAGCUCUGAUCGUGUAUUGCAUUAGUUCCUUCUUCAAGCGGGGUACUACAACUCCGGCCUCCGACGGCGUCAACACCUCACUCAACGCGCAGCCAAGUUCGAACAUGUGGGCGAAUGGAACUAUCUUCGAUCUCUACGUCUACGUAUCGGAGGAUGAGAGAGGCAGUGUGCAUUUCCGUAAGCCCGGAGCCCUUCUCUGGAAGCAGGAGGACCUAGCUUACGGCGACUGGACGUCUGGGGAAAACGCGGACGGUAUCCAUUACUUCAGGGGGAACUUCGUCCCCAGUGGAAACAUGUUGAACAAUGGAACCAUAUAUUUCCAUGUGUACACGGUCCUAUCCGGCAAAAGUCCCAAUCCGAGGGCAGCUAAUUUUGAGCGGAAACAUGUCAUACAUCGUGUGAAACAGAUGAAUCGUUACCGCAAAAAAGUUUAUCGGAAGACUCAUAAUCUGCUCACGGGUGAGACCGAGCAGUCUCUGGAAGAUCAACUGAAGGCUGAACAAGCGACGUUCGAAAUCUUAUCGUUCUGGCAUCCGAACAUCACUAUAAACAUCAUCGAUGAUCACUCUUCGUGGACUGAAGGCAAAAUACCGAAACCGCUCGACGAUCAUAUCGAGUUCGACGAAGUAUCCGGAAUGUACUAUCCGGUUCUCUACAUGAACGAUUACUGGAAUCUCAACAGAGAUUACUACCCAAUCAACGAUACUCUGAGCGAAUUACCCGUCUUCAUCACAUUCCAACCCCUGUCGCUGUUCAAAUGGCAAAUAUAUCUCGCGCAGUCGAUGCGGAAUUCAAUGAUGGCCACCGUCAUGGGUGGAGGCACGGGAGGAGGUGGUGAAGACCCCGUGGAAGAUCAAGACGCGCUCAAAGAAGCUCUGAUCGAAACGAAUCCAUAUCUUUUAGGGAUGACAGUUGUAGUCAGUCUGCUGCACUCCGUCUUCGAGUUCCUGGCCUUCAAAAACGACAUUCAGUUCUGGAAGGAGCGGAAAACGCUCGAGGGUCUCUCGGUGCGAUCUGUGUUCUUCAACGUGUUCCAAUCCUUUGUCGUGCUGCUCUACAUCCUCGACAACGACACCAACACCGUGGUGAAAAUCUCAGUUUUCGCCGGGAUGUGUAUCGAGAUAUGGAAGGUGAAAAAAGUUGUUAACGUGCGCGUCGACCGUGAGUCGAGAUCUGUGUUCGGCCUCUUGCCUUUCAAGAUUCACUUUGAAGACAAGGGAACCUACGUGGAGUCGUCGACGAAACAAUACGAUGAGAUGGCUUUCAAAUAUCUAGGAAUAGCGCUGUUUCCUCUAGUCGUGGGCUAUUGCGGCUAUUCGCUCAUGUAUCAUGAACACAAAGGCUGGUAUUCGUUCAGUGUAUCCAUGGUCUACGGUUUCUUGCUGACGUUCGGCUUCAUCAUGAUGACACCGCAGCUUUUCAUCAACUACAAACUCAAAUCUGUCGCUCAUUUGCCCUGGAGGAUGCUCUCAUACAAGUUCUUGAAUACUUUCAUUGACGACAUAUUCGCAUUUGUCAUCAAAAUGCCCAUGAUGUACAGAAUCGGAUGCUUCCGAGACGAUAUCGUUUUCCUCAUCUACUUAUACCAGAGAUGGAUCUACAGAGUCGAUCCCAAACGUGUCAACGAGUUCGGCACCAGUGCCGAGGACAACGACGGUCAGGGAGGCGUUGAACGAGCCCCACAGGACGCCAUCGAGGCCUCUCCUUCUUCGCAGAGACCGAAGCAAGACUGAUUGGAAUGGUCCUUCAUAGCGAAUUGAGACAUGUUGACUCACUUGUUGAUAGUGACAGAGGCGAAGCUGGCGCUGUCAGUCUUCAUCUAUUUAUAAUAUUUUUGAAAGAAUGUAAGGUUCCCUAAUCUAUGUUUGUUUCCGGAAAUUAUUCGAGUUCCUUUAGGAGAGUCAUGUUUUUCUACCGAAACCAAAACGGCGGUCGUUUCGCU